AUGAAAGGCCCGCAUUCUUUUGCAUAUCUGGCGAAUCCUUUGCGCAGUGUGUUGACUGCUUUCGCGUGCAAGGAAUGUGGUAGAUUCGACAGCGUGGGGUCUGGACCAAAAGGCAGGCCGGAACGAAUACAUCGUUGUCGCCAAUGUCGAGAGGAACAAUCCAGGAAGUUGGCCUACGCAAGCUUAAUCUAUGGUACUGGAGAGAAGUAUGUUCAGGGCGCUCUGGCCUUGGGCUUCAGUCUUGAGGCCAGCGGCACCUGGCAUGAGCGGGUGCUGUUGCACACCCAGGAUGUGCCAAAGGAGGCCUUGCAGCUGCUCGGGCAAUUGUGGACGCUCAAAGAGGUACCUUACAUCAUCUCUGCGGAUGACCUUCACAAGAGCGACAAAGCGCGCUUUCGGGAGGUCUUCACCAAGUUACACGUCUUCAAUCCAGAUGCUGUUCCCUUUGACAAGGUGGUUUUCCUGGACCUGGACAUGAUUGUUUUGCGAAACAUCGACGAACUCUUCGAGUUGCGGACGCCCGCAGGAAUGAGCACGAAGAAGAUGGAGGGUGUCUGCCGGCAGCAUCCUGAUCAUGGUCAGCGAUUGGAACCCAGGGAAUGCUAUGUCAAUGCGGGCACAAUGGUUACAGCUCCGUCCAAAGAGCUCUUCCAACUACUGGAAGCCGACGUGACUCAGCCAGACAAAGAAUGGCAUGUUGAAGGGUGGUCGCCAGAGCAAAAAUAUUUGUCCAAUGUGAUGGCUGGAGAGUGGACUCAUUUGAGCCAGCUCUACAAUUUUGAGGUUCAGGUACACAGUGGAGUUCCCAUCACAAACACUUGGAGCAACGCAGAGGUGGCCGAUGUUGCGGUGGCCCACUUUUCUGGCACCCUCAAAGCAUGGGACAAGAAACCUGGUGAGGAGUUGCCAGUUCUGGCCAGUGAUUAUAGCAGGUCGCAGUUUCAGAAGUUUCCCGCGGAAGUGCAGAGAAGAGCGAAGGCGCGGUGUAGCAUUCUGCAUGCAGAAUGGCUCAAGAUGUACGCCAUGGCUCUGAAGAGGUGCCUGGCCGGUCUACCUGCAGGCAACGGAUUACUCUCCUCCUGGAUGCCUCGGAUGUCGAGGUUCCUGCCAGGAGAAGAUGUGAUGGUGGAGGAACAGACUGAAGAACAGGAAGGGCUUCGUUGCAGGGCAACGGUUUUGCAGUGCCAACCAGAAACAGGAGGUGUCUGGCUUUGGCGACCUUCCUGGGCCACGGGUGAAGGAGGCUCCUGUAUCUUUUCAGCCUCGGUAUCUCCAAUGCCCCAGGGCGACGCUUUUGAUCUGGGCUCUCAGGCCAUCGCAUGGUUUGGUGAAGGUCAUGAGUUGGGUGUCAUCAAUGCCCAGUGCGGUGAAGACCGCUGGCUCAAGUUUCGGGAUCAUUCUGCUUGGCUCCCGGUGGGAUUGCUGAAGGAGAUUGACAUCCAGGCAGGUGGAGCUGCAAUGUGGGAGCUGCUGCUUGAGGUGUCCAAAUGGAAUCACAAGUUUACCACUUGGUCUGAGCUCCGAGAACGAUUUCCGGACUCAGCGAUUCUGGCGGGAGCGGGGCCUGAGACACUGACGUACAAUGAGUUGCAAGCUUUGGUGAAGGGUGUGCUGCGCCCCAGCUUCGCUGCGGCUGGGUUGCGUCCUGGUGACCGAGUGGCGGCCUUGUUGCCAAAUGGACCCGAGGCUGCGGUGCUGUUUCUGGGAAGCUUACUCUGCGGCCUUUGCUUUGGCCCAUUGGAUCCCCAACUCACCAAAUCUGAGCUGGAAUUUGCCUUGAAAGAUCUUCCGGCACGAGCUCUUCUGCUGGGUCAGUUGAGCUCUGUGGUUGCAUCGCUGGCCGAAAUGCUGGCGAGGGAUUUGGAUUUGAUUCGGUUACGCCUCGCUGGAUCUUUAUCAACACUCCACAUAGAGAUCACGACGUCGAGUGCCACGGCAGCGGAACAGCUGGUGCCAAGGUCGAUGUCGGAUGUGGCGUUGGCGUUGCACACCAGUGGAUCCACGCGACGACCCAAAUUGGUCCCGUUGUCCCAUGAAAAUCUCUGCAGUGGAGCCAUUUCAAUUGCAGACACUUUGAAACUUCAACCCGAGGAUGUGGUGAUGAAUUGCUUACCACUGUUUCAUAUUCAUGGCCUGGCAGUGAAUGUGCUGGUGCCAGCCAUUGCUGGAGCCACUUCGGUGUGUUUGUCAGGCACCUUUGAUGCUGUUGCAGCAAUCAAAAGAUUGGGCGCUGGUGACCCUGCGAUCACUUUGUACUCGGCAGUUCCAAGUCUUCAUCAGGCGCUAGUUACGUCUGUGAUGUCUCUAGAGUCACCCGAGUUUCCUCGGUUUCCUGCUCUCCGUCUGAUUCGCAACUGCUCUGCCCACCUACCGGCGGCGUUGGCAUCUGCCGUGUCAAGGAGCCUUGGGGCAGAAGUUCUUCCGACCUACGCCAUGACCGAAUCAAUGCCCAUUGCAUCACCAAGUCCGCGCCACGACAGGUUUUCGACGCAUCGGACGGUGGGUUUUGCUGCAGGUCCGCAAGUGGCCCUGUUGACGCAAGGAGAACUCGAAGCUUGGGGAAAGGGAAAGGUGGGAAAGAUGGAGGGAAAGAUGGAGGGAAAGGUGGAGGGAAAGCUAGUGGAAGAUCUCAGUGCAGGUUUGACAGGAGAGGUGUGUGUGAAGGGCUCUUGCGUCACACGUGGAUACGAAGCGCGGGGUCAUGAUCCCAACUUGGAUGCCUUUGUGGACGGCUGGCUGAGAACGGGAGAUUUGGCAACAGUAGCAGCUGAUGGUUUGAUACUCUCAGGACGCUGCAAAGAGAUUAUCAACAAAGCGGGUGAAAAGUUCUCGCCCAUGCAGAUUGAAGAUGUGUAUUUGCAGCAUCCCUCCAUUGAAGACUGCGUUGCCUUUGCUGUUCCCUGUGAGAAGCGUGGGGAAGCCAUUGGAUUGGCCAUCCAGAGUGAAGCGACCGAUCGCUUCGCAGAAAGGGGCAGCAAAGCACAAAACCCCUGCAAUCUCGACAGCUUGAGGAUGUUUGGCCGUCGCACCCAGGAGCUACGCAUCGUAGCGUUGCCAGACUGCCUGGUAUGGCUCCGGCACCUGCCACGCACGGCCACGGGGAAAAAGCUGCGGGUUGGCCUCGCGGAGAUCUUGGGGAUGCCCAAACUGCAGGGUGACCAUGGGGAAUGGUAUGCCACAGAUGCCACAGAUGCACUGAGAGAUUGCAGAGAUCCCAAAGAAACUGCUGGAUAUUUAUCAUCUUCAUCACAGACGAGGUCCAAGAAAUAUAUUCUUCAUCCUGCAGCACGCUUUGCAGCUCCAGAACUUUCACCAAAAAGCGGCGCGAAAAGUGUCUAUGCUUUGGUACGUCAAACAGCGAUGGAGUUGAUUCGAUGUGACUUCCAGGAUAACCAGCCACUGCUAGAUCUGGGAAUCGACUCAUUGAGCGCAACCAGCUUCAUCAAUUCUUUGGAGUCGCAACUGGACAUCAACCUGGCAGGAGAUGAAGGUGCUGUGGCCUUUUUGGACAAAUAUCCAUCGCUGGAGAACGUGCUGACGGCAAUUCUAAAAGCACAAGGAGUGGCAGAAAAGGACGACACAGUGGAUGUGGGGUCCAAGAUGUCCAAGAAGGUUGCUCAGCUUCGCUAUUUUGGUCCGGGCAGACCAGAUUUGAAGCAAUUCAUUGUAGAUACGCGAGAUCCAACUUCCCUGCUCUAUGCUGCACAACAUGGAAGGGAAGAGAUGAUUCGAAGUCGUUGCAGGGAGAGAUGUCCUGAUGAAGACGUGGAUAAGAACGGUCUCACAGCAUUGCACUAUGCAGCUGGCCGUGGUGAUAACAAAAUUGUGAUUCUCCUCUUGGAAUUGAAAGCUGGUGUUGACACAAGGAACAAGGAUCUACGCACUCCGCUGAUGUGGGCAGCACGAAAUGGUCGUUUGGAUGUAUGUGAAGAGCUAGUGCGAAACAAGGCUGAUAUCCAUGCUGCCAACAAGCUGGGGAUCAAUUGUUUGCACUGGGCUGCCUGGGGCGGAUCGCUGGAAGCUGUAGCGUUCUUACUUGAGCGGGGAGCAGACAUCAAUGCGGUGUGCCAUGCGGGAUGCAACGUGGCUGUUUGGGCAGCAACUGCAGGUUCCUUUGAUAUGUGCCAAUGGCUACAUGAGAAGCGUGCUGACUUUGCUGCAACCAACAAGAAUGGCCAUGGGGUCCUGAACAAAGCUGCAUGGCGAGGCCACAGUGAAAAGCUGGUGUCCUGGAUGUUGAGCUUAGAUGGCGUGGAAGCACAACUCUAUGCUCCGGACUGGGAGGGCGAAUUGCCAUACUUCGCUUGCAGACUGGCUACACGACGAGAUGUGCAAGAGAAGCUGUGCCUCAUGGCGUGCGUGGCCAUGGAUUCGGUGGAUGCUUCGCAAGCGCCUUGUACAGCUCUGGAGGCAGCACGACGACUCGUCGCCCCGAAGAUGACCAAGAAGAAACACGGAGAAUUCGAAGGCGGAGAUUUCUGGGAAGAACAUGAUGUUUUGCUGAAACAGGCCUGGCAGGAACGAGUACCUCUGCAAGCUUCGCUCUAUCGCUACGACUCAGCCUUUGAGGAGAAAUAUCUCCAUCCUUCGCUGCGAAGAGCCGCUGAAAAGGCUCGGGAAGGCCAGGAGGAAGAGGCGUUUGCACUCUUUGAGGAGGUCGUUCCAGGGGUCUUUGCCACAGAUUCUCUCUUCAGCGACAGAUUUCGUUCCGAGUUCCUAGACGAACUCGACAGCAUCAAUGCCUCAGGGAUUCCAACAAGGAGACCCAAUGGUAUGAACAGAUAUGGUGUGAUUCUGGAUGAGGUAGGCUUCAAGAAGAUGAUGGAAGGUCUGUGCAAAGAUUACCUUCAACCCCUUGCUGCCAUGCUCUUUCCGGAGCUCGUUGGGCCGAAAGAUGCCGAUGGGCACUAUGCCUUCACUGUGCAGUACGAGCCCGAUGGCGACACCGAACUCGCCAAGCACGGAGAUGCUUCCGUGGUAACGAUCAAUCUGUGUCUAGGCCCCAAGAAUUGGGAAGGCAGCAGCCUGCGCUUCUUUGAAAGUGGUGGUUCUGGCAUGUAUCAGUUGCCAAAGGGCAACGAAUCCGCAGGUGCCGGUGAUGUCGUUUUCCAUUCCGGCAUGGCGGUGAUCCAUCGGGGUCAGCAUCAACAUCAAGCACAGCAACUGCUCAGCGGUCAGCGUGUGAACCUGGUGGUCUGGCUGCACUCCAAAGAUGGCGUGGUGCGCAUCGCUCCUUAUGCGCCCGAGGAACAGAUGACAGUUGGACGACGAUGGCACACCCGUCACAUGGAUCUGUGA